AUGUCCCCUGGACUGGUUAAAACUGUACCGCGGUUGGUCUGUCUAAGGCCAUUCGUUAGAACCGCCAAUUUUCACGUCGGUCGUAUCAGUGCAUUUCACACCACGAAACACCUUGGGGAUGGUGCUUCUUUCAUCAAGGGAAGUGUAAAUGAGGCAACAAAAUUCCCCCCAAAAGACAAAGUUUCAGGAUCAUAUCAUUGGGAUUUUGAACGUCUUCUGUCAGUUUCUCUAAUUCCCUUGACCGUUGCCUCCGUUAUGAAUGGAGCACACCCAAUCACCGAUCUUUGCCUCGGCGUCAUUCUUCCAAUUCAUUGUCACGUUGGUUUUGACGCAGUUAUCACCGAUUAUCUACCAUCCCGCAGAACUCCGGUGCUAAACAAAAUUUCGACUUGGGGCUUAAGGGCGACUACGUUGAUCGUUCUUUACGGUUGCUACGAAUUUAAUACCAACGAUGUGGGAUUAACUGAGCUCGUCAAAAGA